AGAAUUGAUUAGCAUUCAUCGGGAGCCUUUGCAGGGGAGAAAGAAAGGGAGGUUGAGAAAGGGAGGUUGAGAAAGCGAGACAGUGGAGGCAAAGGGGAAAACCAGUGGCCACGGAGCAAGCGCUUUCCAGUCCAGACUACAUUGAAACUUUAAACACAAUCGAGGGGAAGAAUGGGUAUUUUAUAACUGGGAUCCUCGGUGACGUAUGGCUGACUGUUCCCUGGCAGAGAUCUUUAUGGACCUGUAGCAGAGUGAAAUUGAAGGCAUCUGGGAAGGGACCGUAAUCUACUGUAGAAGAGAACAGAGCCCCUCAAUCACUGGCGCUGUAAAUAAGAAACGGAGGGGAGUCAAAAGAAAGGGAAUAGUGGAGGGGGGUACGCCUCGUUUGGGGGGGAGUGGGGUAAAAAGCAUUUUUGGUGGAUGGUAUGAAGCCAGCCAUGGAAACUGCAGCGGAGGAAAAUACAGAACAAAGCCAAGAGAAAAAAGUGAUCACCAGACCAGAAAUGGAAAUUGGCAGGUACCACUGGAUGUACGAGAGUUCAAGGCCACACCGGUACCAGCAUGUGCCAGCAUUGAGAGACAGUGUUAGUCCUUUGAGCACUCCAGGUUGCUUUGAAUGCUGCAUCAAGUGUCUGGGAGGAGUGCCCUAUGCUUCCCUCGUGGCCACCAUUCUCUGCUUCUCUGGAGUUGCUUUGUUUUGCGGCUGUGGACAUGUUGCCCUAGCUGGGACCAUAUCCAUUCUGGAACAGCACUUCUCCACAAAUGCCAGUGAUCAUGCCCUACUGAGUGAGGUGAUACAGUUGAUGCAGUAUGUCAUCUAUGGAAUUGCAUCCUUUUUCUUCUUGUAUGGGAUCAUCCUGUUGGCAGAAGGCUUUUAUACCACUAGUGCAGUAAAAGAGCUGCAUGGGGAGUUUAAAACAACAGCAUGUGGCCGGUGCAUCAGCGGAAUGUUUGUUUUCCUCACCUAUGUGCUUGGAUUGGCCUGGCUUGGGGUCUUUGGCUUCUCUGCUGUGCCUGUCUUUAUGUUCUAUAAUAUAUGGUCAACUUGUGAAGUCAUCAAAUCCCCCCAGACAAAUUCGACAGCAACAGGGAGUCAGAUCUGUGUGGAUAUCCGGCAAUAUGGUAUCAUCCCUUGGAAUGCCUUGCCAGGCAGGGCAUGUGGCUCAACCCUAGAAAGCAUCUGCAACACAAAUGAGUUCUAUAUGUCCUAUCACUUGUUCAUCGUAGCCUGUGCUGGAGCUGGUGCCACUGUGAUCGCACUGCUGAUCUACAUGAUGGCUACUACAUAUAACUAUGCGGUUUUGAAGUUUAAGAGUCGGGAAGAUUGCUGCACUAAAUUCUAAUUUGAAAUAAGGCCAAUAAAGAGUUUUAGAGAGCUACAUUGUGUGGCUUGAACUACCACUGACACCAUAGACUAAAACAGAGUCUAGAUUUUGAAGUUUUGUGACCAUAAUUUGUAAAUAGCUUCCUUCAGUAAAACAAUUAGCAUAGUCAAUUAAUAAAAUGACUUAUUGUAUAUGAAUUAUAGAAUGAUAAGAACUGGCUAUUACCUAUACUUUUGAGAGGAUUCAGUUAUUUUACUGCCACUGGUAGUAUCCUUUAAAGACAAGAUUUUCUUGGAGUUAACAUCUAGUUGUUUUUCCCAAAGCAGUUACUUCUAGAUCAAAUACUGGAACUCUUGAAUGCCUGCCUCAUUCUCCAUUUUUUCCCCUUGCUUUUUAAUCUGAUUUCAAAGAUUUAAACAAAACAAAAAUCCCAACACAAAUGUUAAACAUGAGAUGAAAGAGAACCAUUAACAUUUGGGCUAUUAAAAGCAUUGUUUGUGUUAUAUUUGGGGGGAGGAGGAAAUCAUUCAUUUUAGAAUAAUUUUAGGAGUGUUUUUAAGCUUUUAAAACAUUUUAACAUGGAAAGUUAUAUAGUUUGACACCAACUAAAAAUUUCCAGACACAGCAUGAUAAAAAUAACUCAUGUUGUUUUCUCCAUUAAAGGAAUUUAUUAGUCUGUUUUGCGCAACACAAUCAGUCCUUUCAAACCUCCCUUCCCACCUCCAAAAUAAAUUGAUAAAUGAUAUCUUAAAUCUGUAUAUCGGUGCAGUAGUAACUGAUUUCUCAGUAGCCAGUUCUUGAAAAUAAGUUAAGAUUUUAAUGAGAAGAGAAAUUGUGCAAAGAUUGAACAUUUCAAACAUGUUGAAAAGGAAAUGAGAGAAAUAAAGGUGUUAAGAUGCAGAAUUGUGUUACAGAAAAUAUGAAGGAAAGGAGUUGGGAAGAAAUGUGGUUUUGCCACCAGCUGUAAUGAAAAAUUUUCUUAUGGACUCAGACAUUGAAUGAAAUGAGAGUUCUAAAAUGAAAAAUGUAGCUGUAAAUUGUCACCACUAAAUCUGUUAAUCCAGAGACUGCAUGCUUUGCUUAUAGUUUUUAGUCUGGGUUUUCACAUUCAUUCUUUAAAUUCUCUCAUGUUAAACUGUAGCUUUUUUCAUUAUUUACACAAAAUAAACAAUGUUUACAGUUUUUUUGGGGAGGGGGGGAAAUUUGUUCUUAUCUACCUUGUAAGAUAUGUCCUUGUACACCUAUUUUAAAACUCAGAUAUCAACUUAGUACAUUCCCAGAUUUGUGCAUCAGACUUAAACCCUCCCCAAGUGAUAAAAAGUGCUUUGCUAUUUUUCACUUACACUUUUUCUUUUAACUGCAGCCACUUAAAUAAGUUGCUCCUUGUUUAUUAACUAACUUCUCUUCAGCCCAUUAAUAUUAAACAAAAUAGAAAGGCAUGCUUGCACUUCAGGAAACCAUUUAUACUGACUCUCUGAUUCUUCAGUAGUAGAAUGUAUGUAUUAAUAUAGAAUAACUUCCUCCCAUUUUUAUUAAAGAAUGUCUAUUAAUCUGACUAGCAGCUUGCUUUGCUUUUUGACAUGCUCACUAGCCAUCAUGCUCACCCUUCUCUUCCAGAUCCACUUCCUCAUGAUACUGUCUUCUAACUGGGCUUACUUAAAGGAUGCAAGCAAAAUGCAGGCCUACCAGGAUAUCAAAGCAAAAGAAGAACAGGAACUUCAGGAUAUCCAGUCUCGGUCAAAAGAACAGCUCAAUUCUUACACAUAAAUGUUUGCCAGAGUAAUUCAGCAGAAGAAUUUAUAGCUCUGACAAAUCACCAAAUGGCUGCUCUGCAGUACAGAUGUAUAUCUACCAAACAAACAAAUAUAGGAGUAUAAAAACUUCACUGUCAAGCUCCUGGGACUUGUUUCUAGGAAAACCUUCCGGUAAAUCUUUCUUCCUUUAGAACAGAAUUGGAGGUUUCAUGUCAGCCAUUUUAAAAGGCAACACUUUUGACACAAUGAUUGUUUACCCUUUUGAGAUUAAUAUCAUUCCCACAUUUCACUUUGCCUGUUGGUGUGGUCACUUAACAAUGGGAAUCAGUCAUGCUCUUUAGUAGGAGCUCACAACUUUCCAGCAUUAGGAAGUUUAACUAUAUACAUAUAAAUGCCAAUAGUUAUCUACCUAACAAGUUCCAUUUCUGACAACUGAAAUUUGUUAAAUUUUGGCUCUUGUUUUUCAUAAGGUGACUAAAUUUAUUUCUUUCCUAAUGAGCUGGCUUUCUGAUUUGUCCACAUACAGGACACAUGAAUUCCCUGAGCCAGUCAGAAGGCAGCUAUUCUGAAAUGCCUCAAUGAGCCACUGUAAUUCUGCUGUACUUACUGCUGGAACAACCUAGAUUCUGAAUUAUUCAUGGGCAAGGCCUGUAGAAUUUGUUUUAUAAAGUUUUAUUAAAAAAAAAAAAGUGUGACCCAGUAAUUUUUUUUUCCCCUUCCCUAAAUGCCAGCUUUGCCUUAAUGUAAAUUUCUUCUAAAUUUCUAAGAAUUUAUAUAAGAGGAGACCAUGACUUAUUCAUGGUACUUCAUUUGACAAAUUUUAUUUCUUAAUUAAGAAGUGUUACCUUAUUAAAAUGACCACCAUCAAAACAUUUGUAGAUGAGUCUAGAUAAUGAGUUUGUGUUUCAUAUCAGCUAUCUAAAAAUAGAAUUACAAGUAGACCACAGACCUCCUGCUUUUCUACAACUUGUUACCUAAAUUAGAAUUUGUAUUUAUUUUGUUUUCCUUAAACAAAUAUUACUUAUGAUCCCCAAAUAAUGAAGUUCGAUGUUCAGCAAGAAAGCUGCUAGAGUUAAGCCAUUUAACAGAAAACUUGCCUUCAAAUCAUUGUAUUUCAGAGGCAUUAAGUGAUUAUUGGUUAUUAGUGAUGGUAAAUUUUGUGUUGUUCUUUAUGAAAUGAUAAAUAUAGCUGUUGGGUAUAUCAGUACUUAUUAAAAGAAGCUACAUAAUAUAAAGUUAACCACUGUAUAUUCAUGUUUCAAGUUAACUUGUGAUUUGACUGUUUCCUGGAUAUUAAAACACAUACCUAUGUGAAAAUGUAGAAAAAUGAAAGGAAGCAUACAUUUACUUAGAAGUUAUUAAAAACUGAUCUUUUAUCAGAUAUUACAUUUCAUUUGGAUCAUUAAAUUUAAUUAAAUGCCUAAAAUGUUUAAUUUAAACCUUUUUACAUUGGGGGAGGCUCUCUUCUAUGUAAAGCAAGUGACAGAAUAAUUUAGUGUUUGUUUUUCUGUUGCAUGAAGGAAAUUUAAAUAUUUUUCACAGCAGUGCAGGUGCUGUCAUAUAGUCAGUGUUCUUAUAGAGGAGUAAUGGAGGCAGUGUCUUAAAGCCUAAUUCUUUUUCUAAGUCUAGGUAGCUAUUACCAGAAGUUUUUGAAAGUUUCGUUUUAAGUAGUCUAAUAUUUUUUAUGUAAAGAUCAUUAAAUUUUGCUAUGUAUAAAUUUUUGUAACCUAACAGUGAAUCAAUAUUUUCUAUCAGUGCCAAGGGCUUCCUGUAGUUAUAUUCAAGCGUUACAAUAAAUAUUUGUAGAUAAUAGAGUCAACAUGUGUAUGCUUAUUUUAAGAUUCUAUCUAAGCAAAAGUAGUUGUGGCUGUACUGAUAGUAAUAAAAUAAAAUUAUAGCUUCCUUCAUUUGGUGUUUUAGCAUAUCUAAACCUUUCUUGACUUUGUCUUUGGAUUGGCUGUCUUAAAGUAAUAUAAUUAAAUGUACUGAAAUUUCAAACUAAUUAGUUAACAAAUGUUUAUUGGAGGUUGCAUGUUUUGGUAAAAGUCAUAUUUAAAGCAAGAAUAAUUGAAGAGAGUUCUGUAACUCAUUGGAUUGUGCUCUGCAAAAGAUGCUUUUGCUAUAUGAUCCUGAUAUCUCAUAGUUCUAUAGAACUAUAAAUUUUCCAAGUGAAAUUUCACUGGAAAUUACUUAUGUUAUCAACAGUAUUAGAAGGUAUAUGCCUAUGAGAUUUACUGGACCUAACCUUUAAUACAAGAUUUGAUGAAGACCUCAGGAAGGAACAGUUUGCCUUUUGAAACUGUCUUAAAAGUAAAGGUACUUCCAAGUUAUGUAUAUUUAUAAAAUAUUAUUGUUAUAAUGUGCUUAAUACGUUAUAUAAUACAUUUGACUUUUACAAAUCCUAGAAACAUCAAAAGUUCGUAAAUUAGGAUAAAAAGAAAUAUGUCAUCAGAACUUUGUUGUGUUUGUUUUUUAAAUCAAGGGCUAAUGUGUAACAGGAAUGUACAGGAAGUCAAUUCAGUAAAGUUUUAUUUAUACUUUUAGCCAUUAUUGUGAUUACCUGUAAUUGUAUAUUUGAACAUUUUCAGCAUAGUCUCAAGUUAGUAUUUUACAUCAAGAUCCAGGCUUAAGGGCCAAAUCAACAGAUUCUUAUUUACACACCUACUGUGAAGCAUGAGCAAAUAAUACAUUAACUUUCUUUUCUCCCUGAAACUUUAAGCCUGAAUCUUCUCAUCAGCUCUGACACAAAAGAUCCUAUAGUGUAUAUAUUACAAACACCUUAAUUAUAUUUUAUAUUUUCCCAAGUCUUUUCAAAAAAUUAGAUUAAACUGUUUAAAGUGAAUAUAAUUUAUUUAAAAUUUUAAGGAUUUAUAUACCUUUGGAAAUUUGAAUUACUAGCAACUAGUAGCAAGCAAAGAACUAUUCUCCCAAAACUGUGAAUGAUAUAUAAAACUAUCUAUAAAACUGAAAAAAGACAAAGUACUUCAAACAUUCUGCAGGCAUUCAAAAACAAUUAUUACAAAUACUGUCACUGAUCUAGA